AAAAUAUGAUUUGUGUAUUAAUUUUGAAUAAAAUAUUAUAAAAUUAAUAUAUUUAUACGUAUAUAAUAGUAUUUAAAUUAGUAUAAAAAUGGAUAACGAAGCAUUUCUGUCAUGUGAAGUUAAUAUAGAAUGGGUGAACAAACAGGGUGUUAUUCAAAAGAAAUUUUCAACUAGGAAAACUAAUUUAAGGCUGAUUCGAAAUGGUGCACGCGAUAUAUUUAUUGAAAUAGUUGCUGAGAAAGUAUCACCGGUGAAAUUAAAAUUGAAAGGUAUUAAUGUACAUAAAAAAUUCAUGAAUGAAGGAAAAGCAUCAAUCAAGUUCUUGGAAGAAAAUGCAACCUUAUAUUUAUCUAAUGCUCCUCCUGGACAGUUGCUAUCUUUUUUAAGAACAAUGUUUGUUAAGAUGACUGGAGAAACAUCCAUUCAGAAUUCAAAUAAGUCACUUCGUACCCAACUUCUGACACAUAAGCCUAAUCAGUAUGAAGAAAUUUCUCCUAUUACUAAUCUUGAGAUGGAGAAGGCAGCCAAAAAAGCCUGUAAAUCAACAGACACAACUCCAUCUCCCCUGGCUGGAAAAAAGAGGAAAUUUGAAAGGAUAAGUACUGACAAAGCUCCAGCAGCCAAAAAACUGUAUUCAAAUUCUCCAUUACCAAAUGAACCACUAGAUAUUGAACAGAAAGAUGUUAUGGAUGCUUGUUUAUCUGGUCGUAAUGUAUUUUUCACGGGUAGUGCUGGAACUGGAAAGAGUUACUUAUUGAAGAGAAUAAUAGGGGCUUUGCCUCCUGAUGUUACUGUUGCUACUGCUUCCACAGGUGUAGCUGCUUGUCACAUUGGAGGAAUUACACUUCAUCAGUUUGCUGGUAUUGGCGGUGGUGAUGCUACCCUGGAAAGGUGUUUUGAGUUGGCCUCAAAACCACUUACUGUUAGUAUAUGGAGAAAAUGUAAACAUCUUAUUAUAGAUGAAAUAUCUAUGGUUGAUGGCUUAUAUUUUGAAAAAAUUGAAGAGGUAGCACGAAAGGUAAGAAGAAAUGAUAAACCAUUUGGAGGGAUCCAACUGAUUCUUUGUGGAGAUUUUUUCCAAUUGCCACCUGUAUCGAAAUCAGUUCCGGGACAAAAGAAAGCAUCACCAAGGUUUUGUUUUCAAACAAAAGCUUGGCAAAAUUGCAUGUUAAACACCUAUGAGUUGAAGAAUGUGCAUAGACAAAACGAUUACAAAUUCAUAAGGAUUUUAAAUAAAAUUCGAUUUGGUAAAGUAGAUGAUGAUGUUAUAGAUAUUUUAACCAAUACUUCGAAUCAGAAAAUUGAAAAGGAUGGUAUUCUAGCAACAAGACUCUGUACCCAUACAGCUGAUGCUGAUAUUAUAAAUGAAUCUAAGCUUAAAGAUUUAGAUGGAGAUUCAAAGUUGUUUGAAGCACAGGACCCUGCGCCUGGAUCCACAAAACAACUGAAUCAACAAACUCCUGUUCCUGGCAAACUGGAAUUAAAAAUUGGGGCACAGGUAAUGCUGUUGAAAAACAUUAAUAUAUCAGUUGGUUUAGUCAAUGGUGCUAGAGGUGUGGUAACAGGUUUUAGAGAAGGACUUCCAGUAGUACAGUUUAGGAAUAAAAAAGAAUAUGUUGCAAAACAUGAAAAAUGGACGAUUAAAACUGCAGGCGGAGGUUCUAUCACAAGGAAACAAGUACCUUUAAAGCUAGCCUGGGCGUUUUCCAUACACAAAUCCCAAGGUUUAACACUAGACUGCGUCGAAAUGUCUUUGGGAAGAGUUUUUGAAGCAGGCCAAGCAUACGUUGCAUUAAGCAGAGCUCAGAGUUUAGAUACACUUAGAGUGUUGGACUUUAAGUCAAGCCAAGUGUGGGCAAAUCCAGAUGUAUUGAAUUUCUACAAGACUUUAGAUGAUAUUAGAAUAAUACCACUGGGACCAACGAAUAAAACUGUGAACAAAAAAGACAGCAAAAAGAAUAAUUUUAAAUCAAAACUUAUGCUUAAUAAGCCUUUAGUGAAUAUUUGUUAAAUUAGAAUAUUUAUGGAUGGAUGUCUGGGAUUCUAAAGAAAAGUCAAUUUUAACAAUAUGUUUGAAGUGAAAGCGAAACUUCUUUACGCGAGCUGAGAGUAAAAAUUCAAAGCCGUGACACAAAAGCGCGAGACGAAAAGUGGUAAGGACAGCAUACAGCUUAGAAAUACGUAGUGACGCGACGUGUAUUUGUAAGCAGUCCACCUGUUUAUCAGAAAUAUUGAUAUUUUCAUACAAAUUUUGUGAAAGAGAAUCAAAUUAUUA